GAAUGGAGCCGCAACGUAACAUCUGCAAACUGUGAAGGUGCCGUGUUGAUUUAGACAUAACAGUUUACAUUGAUAAGGAAUCGUGAAGAACUGGUCGUAAAAAUGUAUGGUUUUGUCAAUCACGCCUUGGAACUACUUGUAUUACGAAAUUAUGGCGAAGACGUGUGGGAAGACAUCAAGAGGGAGGCUCAACUCGAUGUAGAGGGUCAGUUCCUUGUCAGAAUCAUAUAUGAAGAUGCCAAAACAUAUGACCUUGUUGCAGCUGCAAGCAAAGUUCUCAAGAUUGAUGCAGGGUGUAUCCUACAGAUGUUUGGGAAGAUGUUUUUUGAGUUUUGCCAAGAAUCAGGGUAUGACACCAUCCUGCGUGUUUUAGGCUCCAAUGUCCGUGAAUUCUUGCAGAAUCUGGAUGCCCUCCACGACCACCUAGGUACCAUCUACCCUGGGAUGAGGGCUCCGUCCUUCCGCUGCACAGACGCGGAGAAGGGCAACAAUCUGAUCCUGCACUACUACUCGGAGAGGGAGGGGCUCCAGGACAUUGUGAUCGGCAUCAUCAAGACGGUGGCCCAACAGAUCCACGGCACAGAAAUAGAAAUGAAGGUGAUCCAGCACAAGAGUGAGGAGUGUGACCACAUCAAGUUCCUGAUCGAGGAGAAGGACUCGGAGGAGGAGGCCUUCUAUGAGGAUCUGGACGGCUUCGAGGAGAACGGCACGCAGGAGACCCGGAUCAGCCCCUACACCUUCUGCAAGGCCUUUCCCUUUCACCUCAUGUUCGACAGGAACCUGAUGCUUACUCAGUGCGGCAACGCUAUCUUCCGUGUGCUGCCGCAGCUCCAGCCAGGCAUCUGUAACCUGCCCUCCGUGUUCUCUCUGGUGCGUCCACACAUAGACUUCAGCUUCCAAGGCAUGCUCUCCCACAUCAACACUGUCUUCGUUCUGCGAAGCAAGGAGGGCCUCUUGAACGUGGAGACUUCGGAGAACGAGGACGAGCUGACUGGUGCUGAGAUCAGCUGCCUGAGGCUGAAGGGACAGAUGAUCUACCUGCCCGAGGCGGAGAACAUCCUCUUCCUCUGUUCUCCCAGUGUGAUGAACCUGGAUGACCUGACGCGGAGAGGCCUUUACCUGAGUGACAUCCCGCUGCACGAUGCCACACGUGACCUGGUGCUGCUGGGAGAACAGUUCCGUGAGGAGUACAAGCUGACUCAGGAACUGGAGAUCCUAACUGACCGUCUGCAGCACACCCUUCGGGCCCUGGAGGAUGAGAAGAAGAAGACGGACAGAUUGCUCUACUCAGUCCUGCCACCGUCAGUGGCCAAUGAGUUGCGCCACAAGCGUCCAGUCCCGGCCAAACGCUACGACAAUGUGACCAUACUCUUCAGCGGCAUUGUGGGAUUCAAUGCCUUCUGCAGCAAACACGCGUCAGCCGAGGGUGCCAUCAAGAUAGUCAACCUGCUCAACGACGUCUACACCCGAUUUGACAUCCUGACCGACUCGAGAAAGAACCCCUACGUGUACAAGGUGGAGACAGUGGGUGAUAAGUACAUGACGGUCAGUGGGCUGCCAGAACCAUGUACCCACCACGCUCAGUCUAUCUGCCACCUGGCCCUGGACAUGAUGGAAAUUGCUGGACAGGUCAAAGUGGAUGAAGAACCAGUACAGAUAACCAUUGGGAUCCACACAGGAGAGGUGGUAACUGGGGUCAUAGGUCAAAGGAUGCCCCGCUACUGCCUGUUUGGAAAUACUGUCAACCUCACCAGUCGAACAGAAACCACAGGAGAGAAGGGAAGAAUCAACAUUUCAGAAUAUACUUACAGGUGUUUGCAGUCAGCAGAGAAUGCUGACCCCCAGUUUUGUUUGGAGUACCGAGGACCCAUCACCAUGAAAGGCAAGAAGGAGCCCAUGAAUGUGUACUUUCUGUCGCGCAAAAGUACUGAAAGCAUAGCUUGAUCAUAAAAGCAUUCCCCUUUCCCCAGUGGGCAAAAUGCAUAAAGGUGUAAUUUUGGGGUUCUACUUUGGUUUUAUGGGUUGAAGAGAUGUCAGAUAAUGUCAAGAAGAUGUCAUUUUCUGGUCGCUAAAAAGAGAUGUUAAAAAACGUUUUACAAUCAGCAUAAAACCGGACCAUGACGUACACCUGAACAGUUUUGCUCACUGGGUCACUUGUCAGUUUCAAGAAGCUGAAGACAUAACAAUUUUACCAUCUAGAAAUAUACCUUGUUCUCUCCUUCACCAACAGUUAUUCUUAUUGUUGGUAUGUACAGUUGAAGUUGGAAGUUUACAUACACUUAGGUUGGAGUAAUUAAAACUAGUUUUUCAACCAGUCCACACAUUUCUUGUUAACAAACUAUAGUUUUGGCAAGUCAGUUAGUACAUCUACUUUGUGUAUGACACAAGUAAAUUUUCCAACAAUUGUUUACAGACAGAUUAUUUCACUUAUAAUUCACUGUAUCACAAUUCCAGUGGGUCAGAAGUUGACAUACACUACGUUGACUGUGCCUUUAAACAGCUUGGAAAAUUCCAGAAAAUGAUGGCUUUAUAAGCUUCUGAUAGGCCAAUUGACAUCAUUUGAGUCAAUUGGAGGUGUACCUGUGGAUGUAUUUCAAGUCCUACCUUCAAACGCAGUGCCUCUUUGCUUGACAUCAUGGGAAAAUCCAAAUAAAUCAGCCAAUCAGAAAAAAUGUAGAUAUCCACAAAUCUGGUUCAUCCUUGGGAGCAAUUUCCAAAUGCCUGUACAAACAAUAGUACUCAAGUAUAAACACCAUGAGACAUUCUGUCUCCUAGAGAUGACUAUCGUUAUGUUUGGAGGAAAAAGGGGAAGGCUUGCAAGCCGAUGAACACCAUCCCAACUCUGAAGCACGGGGUGGCAGCAUCAUGUUGUGGGGGUGCUUUGCUGCAGGAGGGACUGGUGUACUUCACAAACUAAAUGGCAUCAUGAGGUAGGAAAAUUAUGUGGAUAUAUUGAAGCAACAUCUCAAGACAUCAGUUAAAGUUAAAGCGUGGUCACAAAUGGGUCUUAUAAAUGGACAAUGACCCCAAGCAUACUUCCAAAGUUGUGGCAAAAUGGCUUAAGGACAACAAAGUCAAGGUAUUGGAGUGGUCAUCACAAAGCCCUGACCUCAACCCUGUAGAAAAAGCGUGUGUGAGCAAGGAGGCCUACAAACCUGACUCAGUUACACCAGCUCUGUCCGUCUUAGGAGGAAUGGGCCAAAAUUCACCCACUUUAUUGUGGGAAGCUUGUUAAACAAUUUAAAGGCAAUGCUACCAAAACCUAAUUGAGUGUAUGUAAACUUCUGACCCACUGGGAAUGUGAUGAAAGAAAUAAAAGCUGAAAUAAAUCAUUCUCUCUACUAUUAUUCUGACAUUUCACAUUCUUAAAAUAAAGUGGUGAUCCUAACUGACCUAAGACAGGGGAUUUUUAAUAGGAUUAAAUGUCAGGAAUUGUGAAAAACUGAGUUUAAAUCCAUUUGGCUAAGGUGUAUGUAAACUUCCAACUUCAACUGUAUGUUUGUUUCAAGUGACAAAUGAGGUACAUUCAUAGGUUUAAUUUAGUGUGAUAUGACACAGAUGAAGAACCUUUUUUAUGGAUAUACUGUAGGUACGGGCAGGUAUUGAAAUACAAUGUCAUGUAUUUUUUUUCUCUAUCCAUUCCAGCAUUUGAAGUAGUAUUUUACACUCAAAGUAUUCUGUUUUCUAUGUAUUUAUUGACUGAUGUUGUAUCUGUGCACUGAUUGUAUUUGUUAUUUUCAUUUGUGGUGUAACAUACAUGUAUAGGCCAAAAUGUAUAGGCCAAAUCAUAAUCUCAGCUGUGAAUUCCAUAUUCUGUAGGACACACUGAACUUUUGGUAUUAUGUAUUAAACACAUUAAAUAUUUCACUUAACCGUCCAAAUACAUUUUAACACCAAUAUGCAGUGUAGUUGUGAACUACAUGUAGUUCAACAAGUAAUUCAACUACAUUUUGCAGUAGCUUGGUGGUAGUUGAACUAAAUUAAAAUCUAGGUAGUGUUUUCAGUAGUUAAUGACAUUCUUUGCCAUGUAGUGGUGUAGCUAACUGCUAGAAGUAAACACUACUCUUUUUGCAAAAAUAAAAUAAAAUAUGGGGGAGGUAGGCAAACAUUUACUUUCUUUUUCGGACCUCAGACCUGCCUAAUUCUCACUUGAAACAUAGUUUUUGUGUUUAAUAGGCUAAAUUACAUACUCUGUUAACAUAUGACCCCAAUGUGAUCUGUUUUUGCAAUUUGUAAUCUAUGACAUUUCAGACUUGCGUAUCGUAAUUUUCACGAUUUGGAUGUAGAAAACUACUUUUUCAAAGUGACUUGAGCUCCCGAGUGGCGCAACGGUCUAAGGCACUGCAUCUCAGUGCUAGAGGCUUCAUUACAGACCUUGGUUUGAUUCCAGGCUGUGCCACAACUGGCUGUGAUUGGGAGUCCCAUAGGCGGCGCACAAUUGGCUCGGGUUUGGCUGGGGUAGGCCAUCAUUGUAAAUAAGAAUUUGUUCUUAUCUGACUUGCCUCGUUAAAAAUAAAAGUUAAGUACUAGAUUUGUGCUAGAUGUGUGCUCCUAGAUUUUUCUCAAGGGUAGAUUUAGUGUAGCUUAACUUCUUCCAGUGUGAAGUAAUUGGUAGCUUGGUAAACUACUGUCUAUUUUCAGAGUAGCUUCACUAACACUGUCAAUAUGUUGUUCUGUAAGUGUAACAUUUAUUUUGAACAACACUCACCCAAAAAAUCUUGUUAAUGUGAAAGUGCGUCACAACGUGGAUACUAUUGUGCAGGAGAAGACUAUUGUUUUUACACAAAUUAAUUCACUGUUUGUUUCAUUUAUGAUUUUUGUUGAAUAAAAAGAGGCUACCAGA